AAAGUAAGUAUAUUUGAUAUGCAUUAGCAAUGACUGCGGUCGAUAAAAGAAACGGUCAAUUGUUGAGAAAUUCGUCGUCGUUCGCUGUCAGACACAGGUGUAUCUCAUCAAGCUGAUUGAGCGGAACGGGGCCUGUACAGGACGCAAUUUGACAUUAGCUGGACUAAAGUUAAGAAAUACAGUCAGAAAUACACGCCAAAUUCCGAAGUAGGUGCAGAAAUAAAAUGGACAUCGACAGUUUUUGGAAACAGCCUAAUGCCAGCUGAAGCGUGAUGCAUCCAGAGAAGUCCACAACAGGCCUCGCAAUGCACAGACGUCAGGCAGAUUCAGCCCCUGGAGGCAUGCUGAGCACCGGCUUACUGCAGGGCCUCAUCCAGGGCGCCAGGCCUCCAUCCUUCUGCUUCCUGCUCCCUAGAGUCCACGCAGCUGAUGUGGCUGCUGCCCAGCCAGCACAGAUGCCCUCUACUUCUUCGUCGUCCUCUUCUACCAGUCAUGGUCCUGCACCCAUCCCCUCUCCCAGCACCAUGCCAAGCAACAUGGGCAAGCCAGAAUUCCUGGACACGGGAUGGGACCGCAUCAAGGAUCUCUUUGACAAAGAUGUGACACAGAGGUACCCAGAGGAGCUGACCAAUGUGAUAAAGAGUGGCUUAGUUGCUGCACUGGCAGGCUUGCUCUAUGGAGGCCUACCAGCUGCCCGCCAUGCCAGACAGAGGUACAUCCGAACCAGCCAGGCGGAGAUCUAUACCAGUCAAGUGGAUGCGGUGCGCUCAGCCCAUCACGCAGCAGUCCGAGGUUUUGUGAGAUAUGGAUGGAGAUGGAGCUGGAGAGUGGCUGCUUUCGUCACCUUGUUCAAUUCUGUCAGCACAGGCCUCUCUGUGUACCGAGACAAGUGUGCCAUCAGCCAUUAUGCUGCAGCUGGAGCUGUGACUGGAGGCCUUUUCAGAUUGAACCUGGGCCUGGGAGGGCUGGUGGCGGGGACCAUCAUUGGAGCACUGCUGGGCCUUCCUGCCGGUGCUGUGAUCAUCAGCAUGCAGUCGCUGACCGGAGAAUCUGCCAGAGAGAGGAGGAAGAGAGAGCACAGGGAACUCUAUGAGCACAGACUUGCUGAAUGGACGGCCCGUCUCCAAUUGACAGACGAGUUGAUUGGGGAUCUGGAUGUCAGAUCUAAGGCGGAGGACACAAGUGAGGACGUAGAAAGGAUCGAGGAGCUGCUCGGUUUACCGCAAAAUGAGGACGUGACCGAGGAAUCGAGCAGCCAGUGACGGCAGCUGCCACUUCACUGUUGCGUGUUGAAGGUGGGACUUCACACAUCUGUGAGGAUAAAUGGCUCACUUCUUUUCCUGGACUCUGCACACCUUCUCUUCUGGGUGAAUGGAACCUGCUUCACAUGAGAAUUAAAAGACACUGCUGCACCAACCACUGUCACGGUGUCCUUGGGUGGCUCCAGCUCUAGUUGAGCUGCUCAGUAGACCUUUGUUGUACAGGGCAGCUGCUGGGCUGCUGCAGUAGAGCUGUGUGAACUUGUAUGUCUAUCUUUGUGAGGGUCAGUUUGAGUUGAGGACGCUGGGAUUCAUUUUGGGAAAGCAAGGAAAUUUUGUAUUGCAAGACUGCUGCUCGGAACAUCUGAUCAUGGAUGCUCACUGUCACAGCUAAAUUUUAUGUUAGCGCUCUUUCUCAGUGUGAGCCAGUCAUUUACAGGAAAUGGCUGCAAAAACUGGUUUCUUUUACUUCAAUUGGACCCUCCCACAAUGUUGUGUUUGCAUUGAGUGUCCCAUUAAGCUAAACCACAUGGCAAGUUUGAAAUGGGAGUAAAGGAAAACAGACGUGUCCGUGGGAUUAUAGAUCUUUGAUUUGGACUUCAUGAAGGGUUCAUAUCAAUGGCUGCUGAAUGUCUUUUAUCUAUUAUUGUUUGUCACAACUGAAAUUAUCCAAAGUCAAAAUUCCCAUUGUAAUGGGUAAAACACUGUACGAAACACACAGUCUCAAUCAAUCAGUCAGAAUUGGUUGCUGUUAAGUAUUGGCUCAAUUUGAAUAAAAAGUUGAACAAAA